GUGGUCGAAUAGUCACGCUUGAACCCGCGAUCCGCGAGGCGGACGGCACUCGCCAGGAACGCGCUGGUGCUCGUACGCGAGAGGAGGAAGAGGAAGAGAAGGCCCCGCGAAACAUCUGUCCUGGUCCCCGCCCCCGGUCCGUCGCGCUUUCACUCCUUUCACAGUUCACUUCCCCUCUCGAGAUCGCAGGAUCAUCGAGAUCACCCCGUGAUUCGAUCGCGACGGCCGGUGAGUGUGAGUGUGUCCUAUGCACCCAGGAAGGAUCGACGGCGGCGGAUCGAUCGGGUGUACGCGACGGGGAGUCGCGUGCGGCGACAGGAAUUUCAGGAUCGCGACGCGACCGACGUCGAUGCCAGGCAUCUCUCCGCUGCGUGGCAACCAGUUGCGGAGCUGGUGUUAAACGGGACCCGUUAAGUGUUACCGCGAAUGGUCCUUCGGCGCGAGAGCCAAGCUGGACGGCGACGGGUAGAUCGCGGAUUCGUGGCACCAUCGGGAUUCACCGGCGGAGGCUCACACGGGUUCUGAAAGAGUACGUCGAAUACCUUUACUCUUUUUUCCGCUGGAAACAGACAGCUGGGUGGAUUGAUCUGGAGCGCGUGGCGGAUCGUCAAGUAUAUACCAGCGACCGCUGUUGAUUGCGGAUAGACCUGGCGAGAUAGUAAUAGCGCAACGUCCUGGAUGAAAAGCUCCUUCAUUAGCGGAGACGAAAUGUCGUUGACGAUUUGUGGCUUCCUGUAGUAUAAUUUUACGAUCGGUUCUAAAGCUGACGAGCAAGGUACAUAGGGGAGAGUCGCGUCACGUCGACCUGCUUGUCGUAUAAGUUUCACAUACGCGAUAUCGAAUUCCUUUGACUCGAUAUCCGUCGUUCAAAUAUCACAACGUGCGCCUUACCGAUAAAAAAAAAAUACUAAACAAAGAAACGAACGAACAGGCCUAACUUGGGAUCAACAGAUUAACAAUUUCCAAAAUAGCACGCGACUUUUCUAACGCGUGAAGCGAUCGUCAGUCUCUUCUCAAAGAUUUUUCAUAUACGUGCGCGGGGCGCGCUGCUACGCGCGCGCAUUAUCGAAAUGCAUGAUUUCCUGCAAAACGGCAGUGGCUGAAAGGUCGUGAUCGAUCGGCUCAAUUUGAUAACCCGAAGGAACCUUAAAGCGUGCAAGGUCGUUAUGUAUAGCGAUAAGGUAAAGACUUUCCACGGUUGAAAAGUCGAGGAGGAGAGUCGAGAGGAGGUGGGCUCGGCGGAGCCGAGUGGUACGUGGCCUAUCUACACAAACGAUGCCGAGAUUUACAAGUGUCUGUUCGAGCAAGCGUCGAACUUGAAGGCGAUAAUCGAAUUCAUCGAAUCCUCGCGUGAUGCCGAGCCAAGGCCGUCGCGAGAAGACGUGCAUGGAGCUUUGCGAAGCGCGCGGCAUCGUUUGCAGGAUCUUGCUUCAUGAUGCUCCUCGAGAUUUCGGGAGGAGAUCCGCGACGAUCGAGCGUACAUCGACGAAACAAUAACGCGGCGUCGUCGAUCGAGGAUCUCGUAUAAGCUACACCUAAAAUUAUAUCCUAAUUUUUUGUAUCGAGGAGCUCAUAUUGUUCGAUAAAAUCCCCCCCGGUAUACACGACGAAAUUGCCUCGACGACCGUGCAUCGAAUUUCGAGACGAGCAAACGAGUUGGUAAACGGCCUCGCUCAAUGCUUCCUAGCGAAAGACGGGAUCGCGAUCGAGCUCACUUGAUCCCUGGUACUCUGCCGAACGAGUCGUCCACGCGGAAACCGAUGAUCGAUGCGUACCUGCUCGACAGUUGAUCCCGGAGGAUCAAGGACCCCUUCCCUCCAUGAACCUAUAGCGCCUAACCGUAUACGAAGCGAUGAUCGGCCAGUAGAUCGCCGCGCUCGAUGAAUCAUCGCAGAAUCGAGGCAUCGAGCAGCAGCCAGCACCGCCCGAAGAAGAGGAAGCCGUAGAAGGAGCCUUGGCCGCGUAGCGUCGUCUCGAUCUCGGAGAGAAGCCGUCUCCCGGGUGAUGCGCGGAAGCAGCUCCGAACUCCUGCUGGAGGCGAGCUGCAGCCAGUGCCAGAGCGAACACGAUCGGAAUCAGGGUCGGGACAGCGGCGGCGAGUACGACUUCCACGAGCGGGAGCUACGUCGUAAGCGCAAGCUGUUGGAGCUCGGGCUCGGCGCGUCGCGGCGCCGACCGCCACGGCCUACCUGCCGUCAGCGGUUUAAUUUCUACGCGACAUCGGCCCUGGCCUUCGUCGCUACGUCAGGCGGCGCGGCGCUCCUCUUCCUGGUGCCGCUCUACGUCGACCCGGCCAUCAGCACCCUAGCGGCGGACUUCUCGCCGGAGCCGGUAAUCUGCACGACCUCGCGGCGCGAGGACCUCGCCGGUCUCUUCAACUGUACGUGGAGCUCGUGCCGCGAGGGAUGCACCAGUGACGUGUACAGCUGCACUCACAUAUACGUCACGUACACGCCGUGGAGUAACGCCAGCAUGAAGAACGACACCGGCGGCAGGAACACCACCGCGAACGCCACGGCCGAUCUGGGCACCGUCACUGCCGUGUCCACGCCGGGGGAUGUCGAGGCGGUGCUGUUGGUGAACAUCAAGGGCUGCGGAUAUCCGCCGGCAAUCGAUUGCAAGAACUUCACCCGCGAGUUGGGUUACGAAGGCGCGAAGUUUCCCUGCCAUUAUAGCCGGGUGAAUGGUAGCAUAGUGAUGGCAAACUAUAAUCGCGAGGCACAGGUCGCCAUCAUCAUGCACUUCUUCGCGGCGCCUUUCGUAGUGACUCUCGCGACCAGCGUCGUGCUGUGUGUGAUGCACUGUGACUGCAGGUGCACGCCGCCACCGCGACACCCGCCGCGCGGCAUGAGAAGAUCCAGGGGCAACGACCUCAGCUGCUGCAUGAGUAUAAAAAAUCGAUAACGGGUUAGAAGCGUGCCAGAAGUCGUCCGAUUUAGAAGGUGUAUUUGACGAGGCAAAUAAACUUUCUAAACCAUACGUAUAAGACAAUGACGACUUAACAAUGAUGUUACUACCAUCGUACUUACCGUCGUCGUGAAACGAUGCUAAACUCUUUCGGCUGCAAAUACUGCCUUAGAAGAAAAGAGCGAAUCGCAGAAACGGAAAUCGGAUAUCGAUUCAUCAUCUCUCUCUCGUAAUCUCCACUAAUUAGCUCCAAAAGGCGCAUUCAUCUCAUUAACGAUACGGAGUGCGCUGCCGAAAGCCGUGACUGCGCUCUCCGUGCAACGCAAUGAACAUGUAAAAAGAGAUCUCUAAUUAUCAAUCGGAUGCCGUAAGUAAUUCCGUGCACUCGGAAUAAUCGAGUUCUCUCUCACGAACGUUGAUACGUUGCGUGAACAAGCAUAUAGAGCAAGCGCGUACCUCGCGUAUAACUCGCGUGAUCUAUCACUUUUCCGAAUGUUCUUUUUUUCCUCUCCCCUUUAAUUUUUCUACUUAAUUCAGUCGUUGAGCGAAACAAAUCACAUUUUUCUCGGUAAGAUAUCUAUGAAAGUGCCUCGUGUAAAAUCCUGUUAAUGUAUUACAGCAAUUUUUCUAAAUCAUCAACAAGACUGUCUAAAGUACUUGAACGGAAUAUCCCGACAAAACCACUUGAAAUAAAAAUACCCAAAGUUGGUAGUCACGCCAGAGUUGUUAAGUAUCAUAUUGCUUGAAAUAUGACUUACAAAUAUUGACUUGCCGUGUGUCUGUCGAUCACUAUUUCGCUCAACCGCUGAAUUUCCGCUACCGCAUGAGAUUUCCCCCCCUCACACAGAUCAACGCUGUAUUAAGAGAAAUAAAAGGGACCAGAUUGUUGAACCAAGAAAUCACGUGUCAAGAAGCUAAUGUAAUAACAGUCCGCAGAGGCAGCGAGAACAAAAAGAAUUAUAUGUAUUGUUAUUUCUAUAAUAUAUACUCUCAUCUCUAUAAUAUUCUCGUCGCACACGUCGAAGAAUCGCUGAUGGAAAUGGACUUAUCGACUUUUGCGCUACGGCACUACCGAGGCGAGGGUGAGAUAUUAAUCCACGUUCGAGCGACGGGGGCAAAUGCGAGAAAUAGAUAUGCGAUUGAAGUCAGAAGUCAUUUCUGCUGUUUUAAGCAUCGCGAUUCAACGUAACGCGGAGCCUCGAGGGCUCAUUCCCUCUCCGAAAGCUACCUUGUUAUCUUUCUACUUUCGACCGUUUGUCAUUUCCACGACGAUGGUAUUAGAAGACGGAGGAUCGGGGGCGAGGAUGACAGCUAGCAAAUGGCAGCCCCGACUGUCAUACAUCAGAUUUGGAUUAACCAGCGACCCUGGCCGUGUUGCCUUUCACUCUUUUUCUUCUCUCUCUCCUUCUCUCUUUCUCUUUCUCUCUUCGCUCCCCCUCUUUUUAUAUCUCUUCUUUUUCAUCUUUCUUCGCAAAGUUGUUUCCUACUGAACGUAUCGCGUGCGUUUUAUUUUUGUUACCAGGGUUCUUCCGCUUUUAUCUCGCCCAGGCCACGGGAGUUGUGUCCGCACAAAUCGCUGUAAUCCGUAAUAAUGUAAUUAUGUUUGCCCGGACUCUCUGGGUUCCGGGGGAAUUAUCUUGGUUAAUCGCGUUUUAUCCAAAUGAAACUGAAAUGUAUAUCAUUUCCCGCAGUUCAUACUUUUGCAUUUUCAUGACUUUCAGUGAAAUUGUCGCCGUCGAUUCUCGUUUCUAAGUAGUACGAGUAAAAGAUAAGAGUAAAAGAUAAGAGUAAAAGAUAAGAUCGUUAUGGAAUUUAUAUAAGGAUUAUAUAAAGAUAUAUAGAAAAAGAAAAGAGUAUGAAAUAAAAGAGUAUGAAAGAGUAAUAAUAGUAAUAAAAGAGUAUGAAAUAAAAUAUUGUGAGAAACAGUGAAGGCGUGUGGUAUUCUUGAAUUCUCCACCGGGUAUUUUACGGGACAAUUCGAAGCGACCUAUUAAAUCGACGAUUUUGCAUGUCACGCUGCUUGAUCUCCGUGCAACGAUAUCCCUCGAAAUUUGUCGUGUGUGCGGCAGAGAAAAGAUGCGCGAUACACGAUACCGCUGUCCUGUCACUGUUGCUGGAGAUCGUGUUUCGUAUCAAAGAAGGGUAAAGAUGAAGUACGGCAAAUUCCGUUACCGUAUAUCCUUCUUCCUCAGAAUUUCCACGGGACAGACGGAUAAGCCCCGGCCGUGCUAUGAAAUACGAGAAAUUCUUUUUGAACGCGGAAAAAUUCACUCCGGUGUACUACGUUCGUGUGAUAUCAUCAUGCUAACGAUUACGGCAAACUUUUCGCUCGAGAGUUUUACGGUGUAUAAAUUAUUCGAGUUAAAUGGACUUGUAAUCGCGAUAAAGGAACACCUCCAUUUCCCGUGAAAAGGAGUCGCUUCCGCAAAAGAAAGAGAGAGAGAGAGAAAGAGAAAG